AUGCAGGUGCAGAUAUACUCCUCCCCGCAACCCCAGCUCCAUCGCCUGUUCACACCUUGCUCAAGCCCUCCUAACGCUGGUAGAUCCCCCUCCAGAUGCUCCCUCCUGAGGCUGCCCAUAGCUCUGCAAGGCCCGUUCCUCCAUCCUCGAUCCACCAGGGACACCUCCGCCUCCUUUUCCGCCGGCUCUACGCUCACUCAGGAGAACACUCGACGCUCUAUUUCAGAGUCCGAGGAGGAGGGCGAGGCCGAAGCGCGUGGUGGUCAGGAGGAGGGCUUACAAGAGAAUCUGCCUCCUGUCCGCCGGCCUGCGAAGGAUCUUGUCCGGGAUAAGGGAGAGGAUGGGAGCGACGGAGAGUGUGGAUCAGAUGAGGCGGAGGAAAAGGAGGAGGAGGAGGAGGAGGAGGAGGAGGAGGAGGAGGAGGAGGCGCUUCCUUCAUCGUCGGCAUCCACCAUUGAUUCUGGUCUCAACGAGUUCGCCAAGAAGAUGCCGAUUUUCGAACCACUGGAGCGCGUGGGAGCAGGUCGGGAACAGAGACCACUAAGCGUGAACCUCGAGCUGUGGCUAUACCGGGCGAAAGUGCUGACUAGGAACUUCCAGUUUUAUGAUGCCGAGAAGAUCCUCUGCAAGGUACGCCAGUCUGCUACUCUUCACUUUUACACAUUCUUCUUCUGAUGUUUUGUUUGUGAUUACCUGAAUUGAAAUUUUAAACUUUUGCAUAGAGAGCAAUUUUUUUACGGAAUUUCAGUCUUUUGAUAUAUUUAUUAAUGAUUUUCACCAUUAUUAAAAUUUUGACUAGAGUAGGAGUUUUGAAAUAAGAAUUCCACAAAGAAUGACAUGUCUUUGGGAAUAUAAAAUCAAGGAAAAUAGCUGACCCAACUUGAAAAACAACGCUGUAGCAAGCUUUAUAGAAGUUUGGUUGUGGUCCGAAAUGAGAUGUUCCCAAAAGAUACAUCAAUGACAGGGUGCAAAACUUGUCCGCUCAUCUUUACUUCCAAAAAAAUACCUAGGACAAAAAAAAGGUAAUCGGACCUUUCACUUCCUUACUUUCGAGAAUGAAUCGACCUUUUAUCUGUUAAUUUCUUGGUAGAUAUUGGGGAGGAGUUGUUGGAAGUACCUGACGACGGAAUUUAGUGUAAUGUUAAAGUGAUGGAACAGAUGAUGCUUAGCAUAUUAAGAGCAGAAUUUCACAUAAUGCAAGAAGAUAUCAUAGGAUAUGACGGGUCUUUAUAAAAAAGAAACUGCAUGCAUAAUACUUCUAAUUAAUUAUUUAUGACUGAAACUUUUCUCCCAGUGUAAGAAAAAAUCAUCUUCUUUUUCAUUAAUCUUCUAGCAUUUAACUGUCAUCAGACUCUUCUUCUUACUUCUAACUUGGAGAAAGUUGUUCUCCCAGUUGCAUUGGCCAAAGAAAAUUUUGAUCAGAUGGACUACAUUUCAAAAUGAACUCUUUUUGGAUUUUCCUUUUUUUGGCAAAUUAGGAAGCGCCUGAAAGAAAAUUUUAGUUCACGAAGAGUGCGAUAUUGUCAUUAUUGAAUACAUGACUAGUCUUUUUCUGAAAUAUGAUGCAUUGCAUGUGUACAUCUUGUUGAGUUUGAAGUGCAGAAGUGUAAAUAUCUAAUCUUCUUUAAUCAGAGUUGUCAACGACUUAUAAACUGCAUACAUAAUGGUCAGAUACGAGGUAUUAAUGGUCUUAUUUGUUGCAUUAGAGGGCACAUAUUUUUAUACUCAAAAGGAUAACUGAUGGAUCCGAGUUACUAGUAAUAUUAAACUUCUAACUGUUGAGCUCAGGCAUGUGCUUGCUUCGGAAUAUAAAAAGCAGAUUUAGAUUGGUCAAAUGGAGAAAUGAUCCUUUGAAGGUUCCGUGGUUUUUGUCUUUUAUAAGAAGCAGUAAUCGUUGUCCAAAUGACGUUGCAAGUAGACUAUGACAAAGGAGUACGCAAAGGCAAAGAACGUUCAGAACAUGAUGCAAGAUUUACUUUAAUCUAGAUUUUGCAAUGGCUAAGAUUUUGUGGUGAGUUACUUUUUAAGAGACUUUAAGCGUCAUGUGACACUGAUAUUGUCAUGUGAACUCCAAUGAAAGCUUUCUUAUAAAAGAGAAAGACUAAAAUCUCUGAUUAAUUAUGAUUGACGAACUGACGGCACCCAUUGUGUGCGUGCUUAAUAUUUGAAUGUUUGAAUGAAUUUUAUUGUAUGUAAUAGAUGCUGGGAAUGACUUUUUCUAGUGUUAAUUUUUUGUGGUUAAUGCUUGCUAAAAACUUCUCGCAGAGGAAGCUGAGUCUGAUUCUUUAUCUGUUGGUUAUCUUUGUUGUGGUUCUUGUUUCUUUCUCCAGUGUUUAUUCUUUUGGCCUGAAGAUGGACGAGCAUAUGUGGCUCUAGGAAAGCUUUUCAGCAAGCAGUCAAAACUUUUUGAAGCGAGAUCAGUAUAUGAAAAAGGCAGCCAAGCUACCCAAGGAGAAAAUCCUUACAUUUGGCAGGUUGACUUACCUUAGUUCUUCAACGAAAAAUAUUAUUUUUUGUUUCAUUGAUACAAUUUUAUUCUAAGACCUUGUCGUUAUGAUAGGGUAUGCCACUGCCUACCAUUUGCACCGUAGAUGCAUGAUUAUAAAUAUUUCUAGAUCAGACACAAAUUUACAGAACUUUUGAGGUUGAUGAAGGAUUAUGGAGAGAAAACACUGCACAAUCUAUUUCCUUGAAUAGGGUCUGCCAACAUUUCAUUUUGUUGAGUAUUUAAGAAGAUGAAACUCUAGUUAGGAAAAGUACAUAAGUACUCCCUCUUACCUCAAUCUGAGGGACAUAAACGACCAAAAAUAAAUAAGGAAGACCCUUAGCACCUAACUUGGGUUAUUAAAAUCGUAUAACCCUCAUAUCCAACAUAAUGUUCAGAAUUAUCUUCAGUUUUGACUGGACGUCAACAUUUACGUUGGGUCUCAAUCCUUUGGAAGUUUCCUUUGGUAAAAAUAUUUUUAGCAUCAAACAAUGUCAUGACAUUCUCCGUAGAGCUCUGAAUCCCUGAAUUACAGAGAUUAAACCUCGAUGUGAUUACACAUGAUCCUAGUCACGGUGGGGUAAAAAGUAUUCCUGACAUCUUUAAUUGACAGAAUAAAACCAAUCGUCAAAGCAGCUUAAUUGCUUCUUGGUUGUUAGUUUUAAAAGCCCAAAAUGAUGUGGAGUUCUAUGAUGGGUCUAGUAUUAGGUUGUCUGAGAACGAGCCAACUUUGCUUCUAGGAACGCUGUCCAUCUUCUUUUUACACGAAAAUCAAUUUGAUCGAUUUUCUGGGCCACAGGAGCUGUCCACUGAUGAGCCCCAUGAUUAUCCUAAGUGUAAGGGUUGAUAUCUAGACAAAAAAUUAUAUUUUAAAAUAUUAUUUAAAUGAUUAACUCCAAAUCUCUACGGUAAAUGGCAGACUGAAGUAGCACAUCAGAGUAUUCAUGGAUAACAUCAGUAUACACUGAAAAUCUGUCUUUUAAGUAAUAUAAAGUACGUUAGUUGGCUAAAAAUCUCUGGAGCACUAGAAAAUACAGGAGAUUACUUCACUACAGCACAUGAUUUAAGCUAUGUUUUUGUGUAAAUCUUGUUCAUAUGUCUGUGAAUAUCUUGGCUUCCUUACUUUGUGAGUCAUAUAUACAGAAAAGAGCAGAAAUGCCGGGAUCAUCUGUAUGCUCUGAUAUUGUUCACUUAGAAAAAAAAACUGAGUUUAACAGGGAAUCAUCACAUUGGAGAAGUUGGAAAAAAAUAUAAUGUCUUAUAAAUCCAGCCUGAUUUUUCUUUGUUUGAGCUGUUUUGAUUAUCUAUUUUCUGGUGUUGCAUGCAACAUCUUGGUGUGUUAAUCUUUCUGGUGUCUUUUGUUUUUGUGAGAUCCUGUUAAAAUGAAUUCUUUUGACGGAAACAUUAAAAUAUUUCUAUGUUUAUGGGCUAAUCUCAAAUGUCAUAUACAUAUUUGUAAGUUCACUGAUUCUAAUCAUUUUGGAAUAUGCUUACACUUCGUGGAAAGUCUGACAUGAUUGAAAAUUGUCCAAUUCUAAUUUAUAGUGGGUGAACUAUAUUGAAGUAAGCGGGGGAAAGAAUUUUGUGGGAGACGUCCACUAAAGUUUUCUUGCUAUCAAGGCCAGAUAAUUAUCCUUGAUUGACGGAUUUUGGCUGAAAAUCAGCUCACCCAGCUAGGAUCAACAUGAAAUUGGUUCGUCCCGCUUAGAUUAGGGGGAAGUUUCUUAGUCGUGAAUGUGUACUUAAUAUUUAUUGAAGCAUCAUUUCUUCAUUAGUCCAGUCUGUUAUCUCCCUCCAAAGAUUCAUUAGCCGACUAGUUCCCUGACUGGAUUAUAUUGCGCGCAGCUGAUACUGGAACCUAAUUCAAUUCCUUGCAUGGAGUCUUCACCUCGUGCUUUACUUCACAUUCUUUUCUUACCUUUUUAAAGUUUGAAUUUCUGAGGAGCAUUUGAACUGUUGAGAAGCACUCCGAUCUUGUUUAAAAUUAUUAAGCAUUUGGAUAUGUCUCAUACGAUGUUGGGGAAAGAACGUGCCGGCACUGUGCAUAAGUACAGUUAGAGGAAGGCAUGUGAUAUAUUUACUGCCUAUGUUCAGGAGGGAGGUUGCAUAUUGCUUUUAUCCUGUCAUUGAUUAUCUAACCAGAUGGAAUAAUGAACUAAAAGCCUUUUACUUGACCAUGCAGUGUUGGGCUGUACUUGAGAAAAAGAUGGGUAAUGUUAGGAGGGCUAGAGAAUUGUUUGAUGCUGCAACUGUGGCUGAUAAGAAGCAUGUCGCUGCUUGGCAUGGAUGGGCAGUCUUGGAGAUAGAUGAAGGCAAUAUCAAGAAAGCCAGGAAUCUUCUCGGAAAAGGGCUAAAAUUUUGCGGUUCUAAUGAGUACAUAUACCAAACAUUGGCUCUGCUCGAAGCCAAAGCUAAUAGAUUUGAACAGGCCCGGUACUUCUUUCAGCAGGCAACUCUUUGUAAUCCAAAAAGUUGCGCCAGUUGGCUUGUGAGUAAUUAUAUUUCUAAAGCAGUCGCAUAGAAAGAAUAAUGAAGUCUUUACUCAUUAGGGUCGACUCUGAUUGAGCUGUUGUAAUGAUGGCACAGGCUUGGGCACAAGUGGAGAUGCGGCUAGAAAACAAUCGUGCAGCUAGGAAACUAUUUGAGGUUAUAUGAAUUAAAUUUCAUACUCUUAGAUAACUUUUAUCUCCAUUCUUUAUUCCUUUUUACUUAUAUCAUAACUCUCACUAGGAGCAACAUUUUAGGCUUUCAAGUGACAGUUAUAUCGUAUGAAAUUGAACCGGUAAGUAUUCUAUAUGGAUCUAAUUAUCCUCGUCUUUUAUGUUAAAGACUUAUGAAAACCUCCAAACGAAAACACAUGAUAGUUUCUGUUUUGCAUUUAUUUAUAGCCAAAGCAACUUCCUGCUCCACAAAGGAAACGUCAUUAUCUGCUGAUUGGAUAAAUAUGGGACAAUGCUUGUGACAAUUGUCAUGUUUUAUUUCAAAAGUUGGAGCGAAUAAAGUUUAGUAGAUGGAAGAUUCUUGAGUACAAGGAUGGACAUCACGGGAAAAACCACCUGGGGGGCACCCUCAGUCCCUUGUUGCCUUGUUGAUCAUUUAAACAUGAAUCAGACUCAGACCUGUCCUACUUGUUAUGGUCUCUUCAUACUUUAUUUUUGUGUAAUAAAAGUCUAGCUAUAAUUUCCGUUAUGCAUAAUAAAACUGAAAUUCCAACGAUAAAUGCUAAUGAUAAAGAAAAUUCAUGUUUGUAUUUUUCUUGAAAUGGUUAAUAAGAGAAUACUCUGUGGAUGCGGAGAUACUAAAGUGAGACAGAAUUAUUUUUUCUGUGCUCUUAAUUUAUACCAUCAGGCUGAUGCAUUAUAUUUCGCCCCAUGUUAUUUUAACUUUUAGUUCUUUAAAGAUUGGUCGUGUCCAUGCAGAAAGCUGUUCAAGCGAGCCCUAAGAAUAGAUUUGCAUGGCAAGUCUGGGCAUUAUUUGAGUACAAGGAUGGUGACAUUGAUAAGGGAAGAAAACUUCUUAAGAUAGGGCACGCCCUUAAUCCAAGGGAUCCUGUUAUCCUUCAGUCUCUUGCUUUGCUAGAGUAUAAGCAUUCGUCGGCAAAUCUGGCUCGGGUUUUGUUCAGGAGAGCGUCUGAGGUGGACUCAAAGCAUCAACCAGUGUGGAUUGUAAGUAUCUCUUUUAUAUUUCUUUUUCCAAAUUUUUUUCAAGAAAAACUUGCUUCUUCAAAUGUUUGUUCAUCGUAAUUUAUGCCUGAAACACAAGAUGAAAAAAAUUAGGACCAGUAAUAUGCGUACAACAACCCCUUAAAAAUAUAUAUUAUUUAAUCUGUGAACUAGCGAUUUCAGAGUAAUACUUGGACGCCACCAGUAAUGGGAAAAAAAACUAAAUAUUUCUUCAUAUAGAAUUUUAUUUCAAUACACUUGUGGCAAAGGGAGAGUUUCCUUGGUGAGUGGCCUGUAAAUCAAUGAUUGCGUUUGAUCAAGUUAUCUAAUGAGCUAUAGAGACCAAAACAUUUUUGCGAUUUGAUGCUUAUCUGACAAUUUAUGAGAGUCCCUAGACAAGAGGGGUACUUCAACAUUCACUGCAGGAAUUUUCUUCAUAAAAUUCCUGCAGUGAAUGAAUUUGCUCACAUCGAUUGAAGAGAAGGAAAGCUUCUUGACGACUUAAGUAGUUAAGAUGGAUGCUUUUAUUAGGUUUUCUCAGAUUCCCGAAUUCUUUAGAUAGCAGUUUCAGGGACAUGAGAUAGAUUGUGUUCUUGCAGAUAGCUGUUUUCUUUAACGAGCAUGCCAAAGAUUUCCCCAUCAGUCUCACCAAAUCAUUAUUUCAUUUCGGACACAUCUGACGCUAAUGUAGAAUAUAUGCAGGCCUGGGGUUGGAUGGAAUGGAAGGAGGGCAACAUCUCUACGGCCAGAGAUUUAUAUCAGAGGGCCCUGUCCAUCGAUUCUGCAACUGAAAGCGCAGCGCGUUGCCUCCAGGUGAGCCCCCUCCCCCUCUUCCUCCUGAUAUCACAGAGCUGGAGAAAUCCCCCUUCUUUAUGCCCUACGUAAUGAAAACUGAUGUAGUGGAGAUCACUGAUUCAUGGCUCAUCUUCCUCUUAAUCGGAGGGGCCUUGGGGGAUCAGCUAAUAUGUUCCGAUCUCAAGCAGUCGUCAUCAAGAGUACAUUUUUUUUUAAAAGUCGCUUCUUCCUCGGUUGUGAAAACACAGAUUGCUGUCUGAUUUACUUGGCGAAACCUGAUCUUCAGACGCGAGAUGCAUUCAGGUCCAGGAAUUGUGUGGGAUGGGAUUGUCAUCGGUCGUCCCUGCAUUUUGAAGAUCAGGGUUAUUACCCUAAUCUUGAAGAGAAAGGAAAAUGGAGAAGAACUAGUCUAAUCUUGAAACAUUAUGUUCAUUAUGUUCUUCUCCAUUUUCCUAAUGAACAUAGAACUACCCUAAUCCCAGCUGUAUCUAAUGAACAUAGAACAGACAUUAUGUUCUUGGAGAAGAACUACCCUAAUCUUGAAGAGAAAGGAAAACAUAAUGUCUGUUCUAUGUUCAUUAGAUACAGCUGGGAUUAUCAUCAAUGAUCUAAACUCCUAAAACAUUAUCUUAUUACCCUAAUCUUGCUCAAUGAAAAUGGAGAAAAACUUCUCAAAACAUUAUAUUUUUUCUGUGUUCUCUGUUCUCUGAUGAACUUCAAUUUAUUAGACGCAGCUGGGAUUAUCAUCAAUCAUCUGCGGCUUUACAAAGCUGGGUUACUACCCUAAUAUUGCCCAAGGAAAAUGGAGAAAAACUUCUAAAAACGUUAUCUUUUCUCUGUGUUCUCUGAUGAACUUCAAUUUAUUAGAUACAGCUGGGAUUAUCAUCGAUCAUCUGCGUUCUGCAGAGCUGGGUUAUUACCCUGAUCUUGCCUUAGGAUAGUGGAGAAAAACUCCUAAGAAAUUAUCUUUUUUUCUCUGUUCUCUGAUGAACUUUUGGAUAUAGCUGAUACUUGUCCAUUUCGUAAAAUUGACACCUCCUGUGUUGCAGGCUUGGGGUGUAUUGGAGCAGAGGCUGGGUAAUCUUACUGCCGCAAGAAGGCUCUUCAGAUCCUCAUUGAACAUAAACUCCCAGAGCUACGUGACAUGGAUGACGUGGGCAUCUUUAGAGGAGGAACAAGGGAAUCCCAUUCGUGCCGAGGAAAUUCGCAAUCUUUAUCUCCAGCAGGUGAUCAUCAAUCACUCACUGGAUCUCAUCCUCAUUUUAACUUUCUUUACUUACAUCACACUGGUCAACCUACGGGGAAAGAAAGAAAGAAAAAAGAUAGAGAGAAGUCAACGUCUCUGCAUGAUCAUGUCUCCACAUGCGUUGACCACCGGACUGUCUGUGCGUGUGUGUUUCCGGGGAGUGUUUGACUUUCUGACCCAUUGUACCAACAGCGCACAGAAGUCGUGGACGACGCUUCCUGGGUCAUGGGCUUCUCCGACAUCAUUGACCCGGCGAUCGACAGCAUCCGACGGCUGCUGAACUUUGACCAGAAUCCCGCUGCCAGGGUCCAGAACGCCGCGAGGAACGUAAAGUACCUGGAAAACGCCUCCGUUGAAGAACUCGUUGACCAAUCCGCCGCCCCGAGGGGUAACGGCGGCGGCACCAUGGAGGGCGGAGAUGGGUCGGGCCCACCCACGAGCGACUUUGACUUGGACGCCUUCAUCAUGGAUAGAUUCUCCCUGCACGAAUCUGAGCUCGACGCCAUUAUGGAGAACCCCAGACCCAGGAGGCUCCAGACUUCUCCGUCAUCAUCUUCAUCUUCCUCUUCUUCGAGGAGGAGGAGAGUGUGGAGACUAGAACAGAGUAAAUCUCCCCCCGAGCCUCCUCCCGCCCUUUGA